AACGUUGUUGUUGUUGUCUGUCAACUGCUUGUGUCUCUACGCUCUCUUUCUCUAACAUUUCUCUGCAAAAUUGUUCCUUUUAUCUGUUCUAUACUCACAAAGAUUCUGCUUUAAUGGAAACCCAAGGCGUUAAAUUGUGUACUCCUUCGAAACAAGCCAUCGUUUCAAAGGUAAGGGUGGUGGUUAGAGUUCGUCCUUUUCUUCCUCAAGAAAUUGCUGCAAGAAAUGGCAACUCAAAGUCCUGCGUUUUCCUUCUUGAUAAUCAAGACUCUUCUGAUGAAGUUGCUGUUCAUCUUAAAGAUCCUAAUACCAGCCGAAAUGAAUGCUAUAGAUUGGACUCUUUCUUUGAUCAAGAAGAUGAUAAUGUGAGAAGGAUAUUCUACAGAGAAGUGAAUUCUUUGAUUCCAGGCAUCUUUCAUGGCUUCAAUGCCACAGUGUUCGCUUAUGGGGCUACUGGCAGUGGAAAAACUUAUACCAUGCAGGGUACAAAAGAGCUGCCAGGUCUAAUGCCUUUGGCCAUGUCCACAAUUUUGUCUAUAUGCCAAAGCACAGGGUGCAUAGCCGAGAUUUCAUACUAUGAAGUCUACAUGGAUAGGUGUUACGAUCUAUUAGAAGUUAAAACAAAGGAAAUUUCGAUUUUGGAUGACAAAGAUGGGCAGAUUCAUCUCAGGGGCCUAUCUCGGAUUCCUAUUAAUUCCAUGUCUGAAUUUCAUGAAGUAUUUUCUUGUGGAAUUCAGAGAAGGAAAGUUGCACAUACUGGUCUCAAUGAUGUUUCUAGUAGAAGCCAUGGUGUCCUUGUGAUUGCUGUUUCCACUCCUUGUGAUGAUGGUUCUGGGCCUGUUACGAUGGGGAAGCUGAACCUCAUCGACUUAGCAGGCAAUGAGGAUAAUAGGAGGACCUGCAAUGAAGGCAUUCGUCUCCAAGAGAGUGCUAAGAUCAACCAGUCCUUGUUUGCUUUGUCAAAUGUAAUCUAUGCAUUGAACAACAAUAAACCACGAGUACCCUAUCGAGAAAGCAAAUUGACUCGGAUAUUGCAGGAUUCUCUUGGAGGAACUAGCCGUGCCUUGAUGGUUGCUUGUCUGAAUCCUGGAGAGUACCAAGAAUCUGUUCACACUGUUAGCUUGGCUGCUAGGUCUCGUCAUAUUUCAAAUGUAGUUUCUUCAGCUCAAAAACUAGAAACUCCAAAGGAUAAAGUUGAUAUGGAAGCAAAACUGCAAGCCUGGCUUGAAUCAAAAGGUAAGACAAAGAGUGCACAGAGAAUGGGACUAUUUUCUUCUAGAUUCAUUGGCAAAACUCCCAGUUCUGUAAGCUCUGCGAAGAAGCUCAAUAAUAACAGCUCUUGCAAAGUCAAGGCUACUGCCAAAGAAGGUGCUUCUAAUGCUAAAGACAGGGGUUUAUUUGUAACUUCCAGAAAUUUAUUCAACAAUGAAGGUGUUGUUAAUCCUAAUUUGGAGGGUGCCCACCUUUCUGCAAAGGGCAAUAAAGAGGAAAAGAAAGCUGAUGUUGAUGAGAUUAUGUUGGAAUCAACUAUGGACUUAGCUGAAGAACCACCUAGCAAAGAAGAGAGGAAAACUGCAAUGCAAAGUCCUCUAAGAAAGGUCCUGUCCCCCAUCAAUUCCAUUAUAAAUCCAGGAUCCCUCAAAGAACAAUCAUGCAAGGAUCAAUUUUUUGCAUUAUCAUAUGAGCCAAACACUCCCAAAACGCCUUCCAUGGCCAGUGCAACCAACAAAUUCCAAGAUGUUGGCACCCCAAUUGAUAAAUUUAACGCAUGGAGUUCUAACAUCAAGAGCUCACUUAUUCAAGAAUUUAUUGAGUUCUUAAAUACCGCUAGCAGAGAAGAGUUACAGGGCCUUAAGGGGAUUGGAUCGAAGAUGACAGAAUACAUACUUGAACUCAGAGUAACUAGCCCUCUAAAAUCGCUAAGUGACUUGGAAAAGAUUGGCCUUUCAUCAAAGCAGGUUUACAACUUGUUCAGCAAAGCUGUUAAAGGAAUAUUUAAUAGACCAGAAAUUGCAACACCCGGACCCAGUUGUUCAUAAAAAAAUUCUUGCAUUUUAAGCUAGAUGUUUUCAAUGGUCUGAUAUUAAUCUAAUGUAGUUCAAGUUGAGACACGAUGGGGCCAGUUUGUAGUAUUCUCUCUUGGUCUGUCACUUCAGAAUUGUAAUCCUCUUGCAAUAAUUACUCCUGCAGCAGAUUCAUUAUUGUACUGCUAGUUGAAGUUUAGGAGAGGCAGUACAAUGUCCGAAUUUGCAGCUAAUUUACCUGAUGUAGUCGAUCUUGUUUGUGUAGAGAACCACAAUUUACUGUCAAAAAUUGCUUCAAGGUGGAAGGUCAGUCAAGAAGACAUCCUAAACAUUUAUUAUAUAACAUAAUUACCAUAGGAUCAAGGUUAUUUAAGACAUCCUUAAUAUUAAUUAGAUAACAUGAUUACCACAGGAUCAAGGUUAUUCAUCACUUUUAACAUGGUUUCCCCAUGUUACUCUUUGCAAGAUACUUUCCCCUUGCGCCCAUGGCGUUACCCUGUAUUAAACAAUGUUAGGUCCAUUUCCACCCGCCCGAAGAUUAAAUUAUUGGUUACCCCUGCGUCCUUUUCAAUGCAAAUGAAACUGCAGGAACUUACUUCACAAAGGCUCUCUAUAAUUUGGAUGGGGACCACUCACCAAACUGGCAAAAAGUCUUGGUCUUGGUUCUGAUUUCCAGUAGAAAUCACACAACUCAAUGCCCUUAUCAAUCACAUUCACAUGAGAGUCACUUCCCACCCAAAACAUGUAGCGACCUGAUCAUUCUGAAUCCAAAUCCAGCAUUCUUCAAACCAUCCCAGAAAAGAUAUGAAAAACAUUGAAAAAAUCAAAGAAAAUAACUAAAGAGAAAGGAGCUUCCGUUCAUUCAUUAGAAAACCGACUCACUUUCUUACAACACAUGGAUAUAUAAUCAUGAUAUUCCGAGACCGCAGAGAUGCUCACAUUGGACAUAAAAGCUAGAUAGUAUUACUUCCCUAUAUUUGUACACACCAAGCAACCAUGGCCGCAACAGAGGCAAAUCC